CAAGCGGGACAUAAUCGACCACACCUCGAUCAAAUCCACCCAAAAUGCCUCAAGCACAGCCAGAAUUGAAGAAGUACAUGGAGAAGCGGGUAUUCUGCCAACUGAACGGCAACCGCAAAGUCAUUGGUAUCCUACGUGGCUACGAUGUAUUCAUGAACAUUGUGCUCGAUGAGGCGUUCGAAGAGAAGCAGGGUGGAGAGAAGGUUGCCAUCGGCAUGGUGGUCAUUCGCGGCAAUUCGGUUGUUAUGCUUGAGGCUCUGGAGCGUAUAAGCGACAAAUGAGAGAAGUCACCAGGCGGUGUUGAAACUGAACAUUUUUUAUACCUUCACCAUGGGAUUGUUUUUGAAAUACGACAAGGAGUUCACGGUUUGGCUUUGCUCACAUGGCAUGAUCGAGAGCAUUUCAUGUACUUGACUCUCUGGCUACGAGAAUCUCAAUACAAAUCAAAAAAAAAAAAAAAAAAAACACUGGAAACCUUUGUGGUUGGAA